AUGAGGACUACUUUGAUUACCGACGUUACCACAAACCUACCUAUGUUGGGAGCCAUAAAUUUGUCGGGAUGGACUACUUACUUCUGUGUAUCACAGCCUGCUGGUCUCUCAGUUACCGAACUCAAUGCGCGCCUUCUCACCGACGCCGAUGAGUUGGCUAUCCCAAAGAUCUUGGGGCUGGUACAUAUCUUAGAUCACCAUCACGAGCUCAGUCAAAAAGUAUGUAUCUAUGCAAAGAAAAGAAAAAAGUGA